AUGUUCUAUAGAGAUUAUGGUAGACGUGUUGGUUUUGAAGUGAUAAUUAGAACAACACAUAGGCGUGUGAAAACUAGAGAAAUUUGUUCGCGUUUAUAUAUAUGUCGAAAGGGUGGUCGAUUAGUACCCAAGCCUUUGGAUGAAGAUACAGAUGUUCAAAAAAAGAGGAGAAAUAGGGAUUCUAUUGGUAGAACGGAUUGUACGGCGCGGAUGUACGUUGUUAAUAGGGAGAAAUUGAAGAAAUGGGAAGUGACAUUGGUCGAUUUGAAACACAAUCACACGAUGAUUUCAAAGGAUGAAGUGCAUUUUAUGCAAAGGCAAAGGAAUAUAACUCCCGUUAUUCGGCAAUUAAUUGUGACAUUGAAUAGAUCGGGUAUUGGGCCUUCAAAAACAUUAAAUGUGUUAGGGGAGUUAACGGGUGGAUUGGAGAAUAUUGGAUUUGGUAGUCAAGAUGUUCGGAAUGUAUUGCGUGAUAUUCGACAUUAUGUGUUCGAUUCGACUGAUGCUUCAAAGGGUUUGGCAUUACUUCGAGAAUUGAAAUGUAAUAGUCAAGGUGAAUUUUUCUAUAAAGUUGACAUGGAUGAGGAAAAUCAUGUGCGGGCCAUGUUGUGGGUUGAUCCGAGAUCACUCAAUGCCUACCAAAAUUUCAGAGAUGUUGUUGUUUUUGACUCCACCUAUCGUACUAAUAGGUAUUGCAUGCCGUUUGUGCCAUUUACGGGGGUAAAUCACCAUUAUCAGUCGAUUUUGUUCGGAUUUGCCCUGAUAAGGGAUGAGACCGAAAAAUCUUACUUAUGGGUGUUUAAGAAUUGGUUGGAGGCUAUCGGGAACAAAGCUCCACAAACGAUCAUCACCGAUCAAGACAUUGCUAUUGGAAACGCAAUUGCCGAAGUUUUGCCGAACACAAAUCAUUUAUUUUGUUCGUGGCAUAUAAGUACAAAAUUUGGUGAAAAAUUAUCGCAUUUAUAUGCAAAUCAUGAUCACUUCAAAGAAGAUUUUAACUCUUGCAUCUACAAGUCACUAACGGUUGCACAAUUCGAAGAUAGGUGGGAGGCAUUAGUUGAAAAAUAUGAUUUGAUGAACCAUACUUGGUUAAAAGAUAUGUACUCUGUUCGACACAAGUGGGUCCGUGUUUACACUAAACUUCACUUCACAACCGGGAUGACCACUACCUCUAGAAGUGAGUCGAUGAAUUCUUUCUUCGAUGAAUUUGUCAAUGCUAGUACCGGUUUGAAAGAGUUCAUAGAGAAUUCACAAAAAUCAUUGGAGAAACAAUAUUUACGUGAAAGAGAGGCUGAUUAUCAAACAAAGAAUAAGGAAAGGUCCAAAAUAACAUCAUCAUCAUUGGAGAAUCAUGCGGCAUUUACUUACACGAAAGAAAUGUUCAGACGUUUUCAACAUGAACUCAAAGAAAGUGGAGCUUAUGUUGUGAUUGAGAAAGAGAGCAAUGCAAUUUACAAGCAUUACGAAGCAUAUAAAACAACGGUCCAAGAGGAGUAUAGAAAAUAUUAUGCUUUGUUUGUCACCGAGAAUGACACCAUAACUUGUGUUUGUCGAAAAUUUGAAAGUUCGGGAAUGCUUUGUCGUCAUAUUAUUCGAUACUUGUAUAAGAUGCAAUGGACAGAGAUUCCUAAGCAGUACAUCACUUUGAGAUGGACAGUUGAAGGCAACAAAAGAGUGGGAGCCAUACAACACAAACGUCCUAAAAUUGGCAUUUUUCUUGAAUCACAACCUGCCCGAUACAGUACUCUAUGCAAAGCAUUCCAAGAUUUAGCAGCUCGUGGAAGUUGUUCAAUGGUGAGAUACAAUUAUCUCAUGGGUGUGAUUGAAAAAGAAUCGGAUUUUAGUGAAAAUUUUCCGAAUGAGGGUGUGAAAAAAUGUGCGCGUGAGGAAGAUGAUGAUGCACAUGAGGAUGGGGAUCAACCAUAUGAUGAUGACGAAAAUUUCAAUGAUUUGAAAAAUCCUAUAUUAUCUCAAACCAAAGGUCGUCAAAAAGAAAGAGUGAAAAACGGAAUAGAGCGCGGCAAAGCAAAAAAAGGUCGAAAAUGUAAUUUUUGUGGUGCAAUAGAUGCCCAACAUGAUUCAAGGAAUUGUCCAACUAAAUUGGCGACAAAAAGCUAA